AUGUCACAAUCAUACCCAAGUGCCUCACAAGGCUCUCAGCGACAGGUUACUCAGGGGACAGCGCAACCGUCGGUCUCUCUUCAAAAGUACUCGUCACAGCCCCUGCUGCGCGUGAAAAAUGGACAGGAGAAAAGUUUUUCCAACUUGACGAAUUCACUCCAAAGAUUGAUGCCGCCUUGCAAUUGCAGUAAGGAAACGAAUCAUAAGGUCGAGAGUCUGUGCAACCGAAUUGUGGGAAUCGCAGAGGACAUUUCUCAGAUGAAGACCGACUUGGGACACUUGAAAGAUCACUCACCAGCGCUCGAGGAUUCACUUCCUGUGGCACAAUCGAGCAAGAAGAGAACUUCAACUGCAAAGAGGAAACGGCCAACUAAGGGGAAGCAGCACAAAAUUGACGAAUACACCUCGUUCCACCUUCCUGCUGAUACCAAUUUUCCCAGCAGCCUCAUUGAAUCUGGUGCAGCAGAUGUGGAUGCCUCGUUCUGCACCAAAUAA